AUGGUGUACUUUUGCGUGACGGUGCACUUCAGACGUGGCGCCAGAUUUGACGACAUUCUCUAAAAUUUCCGGGAAAUUGUGAAAAAUUGUCGGAAAAGUUGAGAGAAAAAAAGAUAAUUUCAGAUCUAUGCCGGUCCGACGCUCGGCGAGAACAUCAGCACGGUCAUCCGCAACAUUCGCGGCGAGGACGGCCUCACCGUGACCUACGAUCCGAUCGUGCUCAACGUCAACAACAUGGAGCUGAAAUUCCCGCACGAGCUGUUCAUCGACGGCAAAUUCCAGCCGUCGUCGGGCGGAAAAACGUACGAGACGAUCAACCCGGCCACCGAAAAGCCGAUCUGCUCGCUUCCGCUCGCCAACGUCGACGACUGCAAUCGGGCGGUUCGGGCCGCCAAAAAAGCGUUCGAACGGGGAGAAUGGCGGCAAAUGUCGGCUCGCGAGCGCGGAAAGCGUCUGUACAAGCUCGCCGAGCUCAUGGAGCAGCACAAGGAGGAGCUGGCCACGCUGGAAUCGAUUGACGCCGGCGCGGUGUACACUUUGGCGCUGAAAACGCAUGUCGGCAUGUCGAUCGACGUCUGGCGAUACUUUGCGGGCUGGUGCGACAAGAUCCAGGGCAAGACGAUCCCGAUUUCGAACGCCCGGCCCAACAAGAACCUGUGUCUGACCGUCCGUGAACCGGUUGGCGUCGUCGGACUCAUCACUCCGUGGAACUAUCCGCUCAUGAUGCUCUCCUGGAAGAUGGCCGCCUGUCUCGCCGCCGGCAACACUGUCGUCCACAAGCCGGCGCAGGUGACCCCGUUGACUGCGCUCAAGUUCGCCGAGCUCUCGGUGCUCGCCGGAAUCCCGCCGGGCGUUAUCAACAUUAUCACCGGAUCGGGAAGCCUCGUCGGCAACUGUCUUACCAACCAUCCCGACGUACGCAAGAUCGGAUUCACCGGCUCCACAGAGAUCGGAGCGACCGUCAUGGAGGCGUGCGCGCGGUCCAACAUCAAAAAGGUCUCGCUGGAACUCGGCGGCAAAUCGCCGCUCAUCAUUUUCGCCGACGCCGAUCUCGAAAAGGCGGUGAAGCAGGCGUGCGGCGCUGUGUUUUUCAACAAGGGCGAGAAUUGCAUCGCCGCCGGACGCGUCUUCAUCGCCAAAUCGAUCCACGACGAUUUUGUAAAGAAGCUCGUUGCCGAGGCGAAACUCUAUCAAAUCGGAGACCCGCUCGACAGAUCGACGGCGCACGGACCACAAAAUCACAAGGCGCAUCUGAACAAACUGGUGGAGUAUGUGCAGAAGUCGGUGAAGGACGGCGCGAAAGUCGAAGUCGGCGGAGCACGAUUGGACCGCGAGGGACUAUUCUUCCCGCCGACCAUUUUGUCCAAUGUCGACGAUGAGAACUUUGCGGCGAGCGAAGAGUCAUUCGGACCCAUCAUGUGCAUCUCGAGCUUUGACGACGAGUGAGUUUGGCUCCGCAGAAUUGUGAAGCUGUAACUUUGAACAAAAAUCUUACAUUUGCUCAAAGGUAUUAUAGGGGCACCGCACAGAAAUGGCGCUUUGUUGAGAAACUCUUUUUGCAGUGCAAAUUGAGCGACCUCGGGGCCGAGUUUGAAAAGUUAGGCCACGUUUUCAGUGGAAAAUUUCUUCGCGGUCUUGAAAUUUGGCCAGGUUGCGAACAGCGCGCCCGUAUAACCGCUUCACAAUUUCCGGGUCAUGGUUCUAGAAAAUUUAAAAUUUCCUCGUUCUCAGCGACAUCGAAGACGUGCUCCGCCGCGCGAACGACACUGAAUUCGGUCUGGCGGCCGGCGUUUUCACCCGCGACGCGUCUAAAUCGCUCCGGGUCGCCGAGGCGCUCCACGCCGGCACCGUCUUCGUGAACACUUAUCAGAAGACGGACGUCGCCGCGCCGUUCGGAGGAUUCAAACAGUCGGGAUUCGGAAAGGAUAUGGGCGAGGAGGCGCUCAACGAGUACCUCGUCACCAAGACCAUCACUAUUGAGUAUUGA